AUGAAUAACAUAAGCAAAGGUAAGAAAGUAAAAUAAAAUAAAAUAAAAUCGUCUUUCAAAAUGAUCUUCAAAGGGAUCCGUUUCAUCAACACAACCUCUUGUGUGGUGGGACAUAUUCUUUUAGUGAAUGAAAGUAGUAUAGAGUGCCACUUUUAUCAACGAGAGAGCAGUAUUCGUACUACGUAUACGGGAGAAGAAAGGGGUAUUACCAAAUAUGGUCACCACGAUGGCGAAUUGAUUUGUAGAGUAAUCUCCAGGGUCACGUAAUGGUCCCGCAAUAGUCAUGCUUACUUGUCUCGCAGAGAGUCAUAAAUUACUUAGGCCGGCACGAUGCAGUGAAGACAAAAUAUUACAAAAAACUGUUCAAGUGAUUUGAUUCGAACUUUUUGCACCUAAGAACGUUGUACUUCUUUUGGCAUCUCUUUGGUUUUCAAAUAACUUUUAAUACUAGUUGACCAGAUGAGACUUUUGAAUAUUAGAGAGAUCAACAAGUUCUGUCACUCAUUUGAAUACAUGACAUACAAAAUGCGAAGAACCAAAUCCCCGUCCGGUACCAAAUGGAAAAAGGAAAAGCAUGCGUGAUCAUUGUGACCCUGAAGAUUGCGCUACAAAUCAAAACGCCAACUUGAUGACAUAAUAAUAAUAAUUUAAUAAUAAUUUAUAGACUUUUAUUGCGCAAUUAUCAAUAUAAGAAUUUUCAAUUGCGCAUUACAACUAAAAGUUAAAAAUUCCACCCCUACAUAGAUACUAAAAACUAAAAAAAGAAUAAAAAAAUAAAAUUUAAAAAAAAAAUGUAGUGUUAUUACUAUUAUAUAGUAAUAGCCCGUUAUUCUCGCUCGUCACAUGGCACGAAUGCUGCUCUCUUAUUAGUUAUGGCGCUCUAUGCUACAAAUAAACAUUUCCCUUUUUCUUUUUCUUUUUAGAAUUUUUUAAAUUAAUAAUGGUAAUGGGACCAAGUGGAGUCAAAUUCGGUCUGUAAUCAUACGAGUGAUAAAGAAAAUCGGACGACCGCGAAGCGGGAGUCCGAUUUGUAAAUUACGAGUAUGAUUACAUAUCGAAUUGGACGACACAAAGUCCUCUUACCAGUUAAUCAAAACUAUGACAAAAUUUGAGAAAGAAACUAGAAAUCAGUUAUACGUUUUUAUAUAAAAAAAAAAGCAACAGCUAAAUCGGCGAAAUGCGACAAAAUAGUUAUGUAUUUGUAAGCUAUCAUUUAAAUACAAUUAUGUCUAGUAAAGCACCACGUUAAUGCUAGGCGAUAAGAAUGGAGAAGUUUAAGCCUGCCACCAAAAAUCCUUUUUCCGUGCCAACCAUACGAGAAUUUACUGUCAUUUGGUGACAUUUUUUUGCGUUAUUUGUUGCCACAAAUCUUCAAAUUGCACCCAAAAGGUAAAUGUGAUGUCAGAUUGAACUAACAAGCGGUCUAGGAUUUGCUUUUAGUUUUGCACAAAGAGCAGAGGUCACUGUCUUCGAUUCUGUAGAAUAGAACUUUAGAAUAAGAUAAGUCUUUGUUAUGUGUCACAUUUUUUACCUUAGUCAGACCAUUUUAUAUAUGGAAGUUUUCUAUUCGCAUAGAAUAGUUCUCAUUAUCCAAUGUUAGGUAGUAAAAGGUACAUUUUUGUGGAACUUUGAUUCAAAAUCUGAAAGCGUUAAGAAACUACCACACGAAUUCAUCAAGUCACGCACAUAAGAGAUUUCUUGUGAAUCAAAAAUGUGUCUGUUGGAUUGUAAUAACUAAAAGAAGAUGAGAGAGAGGGCAACCUUGCCAGAUAACAACGUUGUAGUGACAAGAAUGAGGAGCAUGAAUAUGCAACUGAAAGCGCCGUUGUAGAAAGAUUAUUGUUUGUUUAUUGUAGGACAUUAGCUUUUCAUUCACUUUACCUAGGUCUUUUUUUCUUUUUACAGAAAACAGAAUAGAUGCUUGUAUCUGUUUGUUUAACUUGGUAAAAGAAGAAGUUUGCCGAGAAAUCCUUGAACCUUUGUCGCGACAGGUGUUGCUUAGCCCGGACAGCUAUGUUCGUUCGUUAAUGGCAGAUGCACUGUGCUUGAAAGAUAAUUCGUGCUGCGCUAUAACUGAGGAGCAUCUCAUCGACCACCUUGUGACGAGAUUCCCAGCCCUUGAGGUAAACAAAAAAAUCAUCAGUCAAGAUGAUCGGUGUUUCAUAAAAAAAGCUGUAUUCAGGGGAAGAGAAGCUGUCGUGAAGGUAAUGUACGUCACAAACCAGAACGUUAGGGGGAGGAUGCCGUCAGAUUGUCAACAAGCAAAUCGGCGCUUCAUCCGAGAGGCCCAUUUUCUUAGUCGAAUACAAAAGCAUCCGAAUUUCCCUAUUCUUCUCAGUUACAACACAGAGACGUUGCCGUAUCAUCUCAUCACUGAAUACGAAAGUCAAGGUAACCUCUUGCAGCUACUUCAAAGGACGCAUGAUCAGCAAUCCCGGUUGGAAGAAACUUUGCUUCUGCAAAUGCUCAUCAACAUAGCUGAUGCACUUCAAUACUUGGCAAGACUGCACUUGGUGCACCGUUCUGUUAUGGCGAAAAAUGUUCUCGUAGGAGAUGACAAUGUUUGCAAACUUAGUGGCCUCCAUUCCUUACGACCAAUAGACUGGGGUCCAUUAGCUGAAGGUGAGCCAUAAAAGUAAAUUGACAGUAUAUCAUUAACUUUUGUAUCAUUUGACAUUUACAUAUUUGACUGAGGAGGCUUGGAUUCCAAUCUCUAUAACAUAAGGCCACCCACUGCGGAAAUAGCAGGAUACUUAUCAUUUUAAUUGAUGUAAAAUGCAUUUUUACGAAAUAGCCGAAUCGUUCCUCAGAUACAAAGAAAAAGGCAAACCCAUGAAUGAAAUACAAAGACCUGGACAGCCCUACUAAAUGGGUCGGGGAGUUUUAUACUUCGACGUUUAUCGCACUCUUGGACUCGAUACCUUAUUUGAAAUACGUCCUUUUUCACCUCAUUUUCAGCUGAAGAUGUCAACGAUGACCUCCCAUUGAAGUGGAAAGCUCCUGAGUGCUUAAUGGAAUAUCAUUACUCAACAGAGUCUGAUGUCUGGGCGUUUGGGGUCGUUAUGUACGAAGUAUUAACCCUUGGUUGUCCCCCAUUUGGAAACUUAAGCGACGAAGAUGUCUAUAAUCAUGUAAGUAAUGAAACAGCGGCUGUGAAGGGAACGUGGGAAGAGUAUUGUUGACCGAGGGUAGGAUUUUUCAACACUUUCAUAUUGACUUAUGAAAUAAUCAAUGAAUGAAACGUUUUUUGUUUUCUGUGGGUCAUUUUAAAACUAAAAUGUAUGCUUUUAAAGCUGGGACGACAGAUAAUAAUAUAAUACCAUAUAAAAAUUUGGAAUAACCGAUUCCUUACGGAGACUGAAUUUUUUGUGUGUGUGUUCCAAGCUUAUGACAUGACGAGAAAAUUUAUUCCUUUAUUUCAUUAAUCAAGCUUCGAAUUCACCAUCUUUCUUAUUCUGUUAAUUUAAACGAGACUUUCGACUUCGCAAAUCCAAGCAGUAUGCGGAAUGAGUGUCACAUAUGAAAGUAAUGAUGGCCUACCCACCACAGAGUCUCUGUGGCUUCGCGGCAAAGCGUCGGAGCGCGGAGUCCGAAAUUCUGAGGUUUGAUUCCUCGUGGGGUCUCUGAUACUUUAUGCGUCCAAUGUCAGUGGCUUCCUUAUUCAUUAUCAGUUCUAUUUUAAUAUAAUUUUUAAAAAUAGGGACGCAAACACAUUUUAUCUCUAAAAAGUUUUAAAUUGUUAUUGCCCAAAGUUAAUGUGUCAUGGACUGGUAUUUUUUUGGGUCAAAUAAAAGACUCUGUUUGAAAAUUUGAAGGACAGCGGUAUACCGGUUGUUAGGUUUUUUCCAUAAAUUGUUUGUUUUGAGGCUCAAGAAUAGUCCUUUUAAAUGAGACGUACACUAUAUUUAUUUACGUAUUUCUUUGCAGGUUACGAGGGGAGGAACACUGCUUCUUGAAGCGUGUUUCGAAGAUAGUGAAAACAGUCUCAUGAAGCAGUGCUGGGAAUGGAAAAGAAGCGAGAGAAUCAGCUUUCCAAAGCUCUCCAGCAGACUCAGCAAGAUGAAUGCAGACCUGAAAACAGCAGGUGCUAAUUGUUCAUAUCUAGGAGUUAGAUUGAGUUACAGCUGCGCCCCAUUCACACCAAAGCUAAACACGUUUUAACCCUUUACUCCCUAACAUUGGUAUUCAUAUUCUCCAAACUGAUCUCUGUACAUUCCUGUGGUAAUGACAAGGAAAAUUUGUUCGACAAUUAGGAGCUUCCUAAAUUAGUGAUCAUUUCCACUAUUCUUGUGACCUUUAUAUUUGAUUUGAGGGUGAUAGGCUAAGGAGAAAUUAGAUGUUAGUCACUCUUAGGGCUUAAAGAGUUCAAGCUGUUUUGUCACACACAGCUUGAAUUUUUCUCGCAGACACUUGUUUUUUUUUUCUUUCUGCUUAUACUAAUUUUUUUUACCUCAAAUUUGGCACAACGAAAAAUAAAUGGUAGUAAUCACUCGAGGGCCUAGUCUAGCAUACCGAAUCAGUGAAACGUUUAUACUUUGUCUUUAUUAAAAAAUGAAAAGGACAAGAGAAUUGUUGAAAAGUGUCUCUUAAAAUAAACAAAGUCAAGAUUAAGAUCCUGAGAUGAGACUACGUGAUUUGAAAUAACGUCAUCUACUGGUGAUUUUCAGAAAUUUCAGACGCGUAAAAGACAGGGGGGAGGGGGGUAAGCUCCAUCUAUACUACGGUGGGAUGCGUCAUCUAGCUUGUACACCAUAGAUCCGAAAAUAAACUUCGAAAGUCAUCAAUAGUAAUAUCAGGAGUAUUUCAAGUAAAAGAUUUAAAUGUGCCCCAGCCUUUAGCCUGAGUUACACGAUUAUGUAUGUUCGCCGGCCUAAUGUAGUCUGCUUAUAUACGUUUUUCUAUCAAAGGUGUUGCAAGAAUGAAAUCAAGACCUUAUCCACAUCCACUCUUUGCACAUGUAAAAGUAGCUGCGAAAAGAGAAGGUGAGAGAAUUCUAGUUUUAAAAGUUUGUGGAAGUAUUAGGAGGCAUGGAAACGAACGAUUUAGAGAUUGAUGAAACACAAUGUGGAAGGAGAGGAACAAUUCCUGUUUAUUGUUUAACUAACAGCGAAGAUUAAAUGAACUUCGAACUUUAUUUGGGACUUCAACUUAAGGUUUUUGUCGAAGAUAACCGUUUCUUUCGCGUUGUCCGGUUAUCUCUACUUGUAUACAUUAAAUAUAUAUUUCUUGGCUUUGAAGUAGAAAUCACACAACUUGGCUUUUAUACAUGUUAAGAAAGCUUACUUACCUUUAAACAAGUUUUUGGUUUGCUUCAGUACCAAGCUUUGUAAAAUUUGUACCCUCAGACACUUCCUAAUGCUUGUUUUUCACACACUUUCAUAGAUGAUGGCUCAUAUACAAUGAUAAAGGUAAGACACCAUAUAGAGUAAACAACGUCAUGCGUUCUUAGAAAGAUAGAAAAUGUGAAGGCUGCUGUUCCAGAUGUCAGGACCAAGCAAAAACUAAUUUCACUGAAAUAUUUGGGGCUUUUUGAGCAGUGGCGCUGGAUGGUCAAGAAGAUUUUGACUUUUAACGAAUUCCCUCUAUAUUGUAGCUUAAUUUUAAAGCCGGUCAGUAGCAUACAGCUUCGAAUCAUUUAGGUAAUUUGCCAAGUUGGGGUUUAUAAAGCGUGAGACUAGACAAUUUACUUCCUUCUAUGGUGAAAUCGUAAACAAUAAUCAACAAGAAAAUGAGUUAAUCGGAAUACACCAAGACAUUACUAACUAAAAUUUCGCAACAAAUAAACGAGCACAGUCUUCUUUUUAAGCUAAGCCUAAGCCUAAAGGGAAACUUAGUAAUAACAAAGCUUAAAUAUCCUUGUGGUUUAUAAUAAUAACAGUGGGCUUCAUAUCCUCGUUGUGCCCGCUAAUAACGUGUGUGUACGCAUUGUAACCUGUCAAAAAGACAUCCGAUUUACUGUGUAGAAAAAUAUUCAUGAAACAAAUGAAUAGCUAUCUAACUAAGAGGCAUUUGGGAAGUUUGAGGGUGAACUUUAUGAACUGAAGUUUCCCGAAAUUACGCCUCAAGCAACAGUUACGAUAAUAAUUUGAAAGACCCUCGAUUCUUCUAUCAAUCAAAGUUAGAGAAUUAAUCAGCUUUGGAAAAUGUAAUUUACCUCAGCUUAGCUGACUCACUUUCAAAUCUCCGCAAAAACUCCAAGUUAAUUACGAGUACUUCGUCUUCAUUUCUUUCCUUCUUGUUGUUAUGAAUGAACAAGGAUUGAAUUGUGGGGAAUUCCUUGUGUCUCAGACCUUUUUUUGGUGAGCUUAUAAAUCCCAGCUUGAUGACAAAGAAUAUAACGGGACGUUAGAUGCUUCGAGGUAAUUUGCUUCUGACUUUGGUUGAUUUUAUUGUUUCAGGAAAGUUCACGUGUUGUAGAGAAGAUCAGGUCUGAAGAUGAACUUUAUCAUGAAACGUUGAAAAAGCUCAGCCAUCAAAACAUCUCCAUUUCCAUACUUUUGAAGAGGUGCUCUCCAGAAAUUCAAAUAGUACGUGUUAAUUAAAGAGGACAAUUAUUGAGAAAUUUUCACAUUACGCGCGAGAGGCCUCAGCUGUUGAGGAUUCCGCUCUGUGAUGUUGACAUUUCGCACCAGCACUUUGCAUCAAUCGACUACUUUCGCUAUUCUUGGACGCACGUCGAUGAAAACUGAAAACUGUACCUGCUUCUAAAUCUUUUCAGUAAAACAGGGGAAACAAGCAAAAUACUUCACCGCUACGUUCAUCCAAAAGUCAACUAGAAUAACUUUCUUACAGGGCCCUUUGCUCCACGUAGAGCUCAAGCCAUCGACGACAUUUCUCCACCAUACUCAGCCGAGCCUCGAAAGCUCGAAAAUUUGUUUCGGUCUGAAUUCCAUACGUCAACAAAGGACCUAACCACCUUUGCAGAUGAUGUUUGGUUUCGUCACGCCUGAGUUAACAAGUCGAUCUUUCGAUUUGUUAACUAAGACAUGUUUCGAGAUUUCUCCAAAGUUUAGUCUAUCUUUCUUAGGGUAUUCCUUCGCGUGAGACAAUUGAAAUAGGCAAAAAUGUAAAAUGUAAUGACUUAAACACCACCGCGUUGAAUUUAUCUUCGCGCCUCGCUUCCCAGAGUUCAAGUAGUGCGAGGGUGUUUCUAUCGCCGAUUUUUAAUAUCUUGUGCGAUGGAUUGCACUUGGAAAAGCGAUUCUUUGUGUUCUUUUUUGUUUCCUUUUAUCAGAUUUCUAUGGAAGGUAAAUUUGGGAACCUUAAAGAUUACGUUCUCAGCGGAAGAAAAGGAGGCUCUUGCGAGAAAGGCGCCUUAGUUACAUUCCUAUCCCAGGUAGCAUCUGCGCUCGAUUAUCUUCACACUAUGCAUAUUGUUCAUGGAAACCUCCGCGCUGAGCAUGUGAUUGUUGAAAGUUCUAACCAGGUACGUUCAUCGCUUUUCGUUAAAGCCGUUUUACACUGAAAGUUACAGAAAGCAGACAGUGCAUAUAGCACAAUUAAAAAGAUCCUAUGCACUUAGAAAGAAAGUCGAUCCCAAAAACAAAAGUGACCCAAUAACCUAAUUUAAGGAUGGGUGGGCUAUGGGCCUAUUUAUCCGAAGGUAGCUCUUCCUCAGAUGGAGAGCUACAUCAUAAAUAUACUGAUAGUUACUCUUGAUUAUCCUUAUUAUUGUUAUUAUCAUUGUUAUCAUUAUUACUCAGUAAUAAUGAUAAUUAUUAAUAUCGUUAUUAUUAUUAUUAUUAUCAUCAUUAUUAUCAGGAUUGUUAUCAUUAUUAUCAUCACUAUUGCUAUCAAGUGACUGAUAUUUAUGACGCAGAAGGCCUGGAAGUUCUUGCUCCCCUUAUCCUUAAACAAUGUCUAAAUUCAAAUGUGUGUGAAACAAUCAGCAUUAAUUUUAACAGCAAACUUCGAGAAAAAAAUUUAAAAACAAAUGAGCGAACAAAUUUUAAUAUCAUUUCUGAAUGAGAUAAAAAAGGCCAGGCCAUAGCCAGUUUUGUCUAUACCAUUUCCUGUGAUAUGAUUGGUCUAGGCAAAACCAAAACACACUGAUGUGGCCGAGAGAAGAUUGAGACGAUACUUUUUCUCGUUAGCUUUUUCGUGGCGUCCAUGUUGUAAUGCGAAGGGGACGGCAGAACAGAAUUCAAAAUUUCAGGCGAGAAAUCUUUGAAUUAUUUGUUUUUGUACAACUGUAUUGCAAAUCUAAUUUUCGACAAACAUUUCAUCGCUAUUCUUGCACCCCGCAACGUGUUGCUUGCACACGUAUUUUGUUUGCAGUAUUAUAAUAUCAAAUUCUAUCCGAAAGACACCUCGUGGGAGGUAGCGAUCGAUGGAAUAACAUAGUUACUUCAAUCUCCUCUGCAAUUUCCGCAUCAAUAUGUAAGGAAAUGUCUCGUAUUAGAAAUGAUUUUGCGAGAAUUUCAGGGAACACACCUCGACCAGGUUUAACUGCCGGUUCUUUGGCUGCUUGAUUUGAAGGACCCCCCUCUUACUUUUAUCACACAACGGCAGUCUUGUCUCACGAUAUGUCCACAAAAAAAGAUCGUUUGAGGUCGAAAUAAUUUUGGUUGAUCUGAGUUUUCCCGAACUCAAUCGAGUAUUCAAUUGUAUACCUAGUAGACCUAUUUGGGAUGAAUUUCCUUAGAGUCCUGGUCCUGGUCAAUAAUAUUAUAAAUUGAACCGUUGGCUCAUUUUUGACUUUUGUAAGACUGUCUUACUUGACAGUUAUUUGUCAUAAAGGUUGAAAGACUGUUCUUAAGAACGAGAUAUGUUCAUCCAUUAGCCGACACAAAAAAAAAGGACCUUUAGGAAUACUGGGAAAAUCGAUAGCUGGCAGAAGCCAGGACAACAAGUCACAACAACAAGGGCUGCGGCGUCGACAAAACUUGGAUCGACCGGAUCGGAUGACGGACCGGAUGACGGAUCGGAUAACGGAUCGAAAGAAAAUGUUUUGAUUGGGUCUCAAGAGCUAUAAAUAUCAGAGACAAACAUGCGGGACUAAAAUGUGGGACUAGCCUAUGUUUUUAAAAAUUGGACCGUGAUGCCAUGUUAAAUGACCUCAAGGUAUAGACAUACCGUCCAUGGCCCGGACUGAUAAACAUCAUAUAAAGAUGUAUAUUCACAAAAUAUUUAAUAUGUAGCGAACUUAAAAUUGAAAAGUGCGAGUUUUUUCAUCUUUUCUUACGUUCUCUUUGACCGUCUUGCCAAUGACGCUCAAAUUUCUCAGCUGCCACUUUGAUUUUAUACAGGUUAAAGUUACCCGUCUUGGCCGCUCCAGGCGUUUGUCAACGAGACCAAAUGAGGAAACCAGCAAGGAUUGCGAGGAAUCGGCUGAUAUGCCGCCUGAUGCUACUCGCUGGUUAGGGAAGACAAGCUUUUUUUUCACGUGCAACGAGAAAGCCCAGAUUUAUAUCUGAGUAACCACUAAGUUCUAAGCGUCGACUUAAUUAUGAAAUGUUCUUGAAGAGAACCAUCCUUUCUUUGUGCUGUACUUCGAAAGCUCUCCAAGAAUGAUCUUUAUCAGCAACUUCUGGCACUAUGGACUACUGACACCAUCGCAUGCAGUGGUGCCUGACUCCAUCAUUUUCCUAACCACAAGAACAGUGUUGAUUUGUUUUAUUAGUGAAACUUCAACAAUGUGAUUACAAAAAUGGUGUUUUUGUGAUACCUUUUGUUUGAGUGUCUAUUCAUCAGAGCGAGAAAUCUAAGUGUCAAAAAUGAAGAAAAUAUCAAUUGUCUUUUCAGGAGCGCGCCAGAAGUGAUUUCUCAAGGGCGGUACAGUCACGCUAGCGAUGUGUGGUCAUUUGGUGUCUUGGCAUGGGAACUGUUUGCAGCGUUUUAUGAUAGUAAUAUCAUGCCACGACAAACGAUACCGUACUACAACCACACAAAUGACGAGGUAACUCCUUGUAAAAUACUUAAGUUUAAAAUAUCGAUCCCACAGGGUAUAUGCAUGUUAAAGAAUCAACGAAACAUCAAGAUAAAGAAACCAACGUGACGGCUGGUUGUUACAGAACAACACUGAAGACGAAAUUGAGUUUUUUUUUUACUCUCACACCAGACUGCAUGGUAGAAGGAAAAAUUAUCUAAUAGUUACCUCACUUCAAUUUCCGAAGGUAACGAGAACUUGAAACUUCUCAUACUCAAUAACGUGUCAUUUGUACGACUUUUUUCCAGAUUUUGCAAAGUAUCAAAAAAAACCAGCAACUACAAAAACCACUCUCCUGUCCAGACUGGAUACAUUUUGUGAUUCAAGAAUGCUGCUCCUAUGAAGCAAAGGAGAGGCCACCUGCUAUUGCUCUCUUUGACUGUCUGACAUGCAGGUUAGCUAUGAUCUUCUCAAAGAAAGUAUGCUUCAGAAACCAUGAAAGUUUUGUCUCCGCCAUUUAUAGGUAAUAUAUUUGAAAUUGAAAAAAUUUCAAGAGGCAAUCUAACCAUUCGAAGAUUUUUUUGAGUGUUGCUUAGAAUUUGACCAACAAUACAGCCUUUUACAUCUCGGCACAUGGACCAUAACAUCUCAACCUUCUUUUUUCUGUCUCCUAUCAAACUACAUCAGAGACGUUUUUCACUCAAAUACACUGUUAUGAUUAUUUUUAGGAUGAUUAAUGCACCAGCUCUUCGUAAACUGCGCGUUUUGGUUUUGCGCCCAAAAAUUUUAGUUUCAACUGUUCGUUUCCUCUUUGGGAACUCAAAAUCUGGCAAGAAUUAAAUUUCAAUGGACAACUAAUGACAGUAAUAAUAAUGAUCAUAUAGCAUCUGAAUCAUACUCAUAUACUUUGCCGCUCCUCAGUUUGAUCGGUUUUAAGAUCAAUUAGACCAUCUGUGCCAUGUAAUUCGACCCUGCACAUCCGGCCUUUUUCACGAGUUCAACAGAGCCUUUUUUUUCGUUCUCUGAGUUUUGUGGCACCGUUUUGGCAAUGUACUUUGAGAGAGUUCACGGGGAAGGUUUCAGAAAAGGUCUUUUUACUCGCACUCAUUGGAUGAGAAUGAUCUAGCCAACUCGGCCCUCGAUCUGAAAUCUAACGCGCUCAUAGAAUAAUUAUCCAUGAAAACGCUUUCGUUUUAUUAGCAAUACGACAGUAGUAGGACUUGCAUGAAACGAACUUUUUAUAUCUUUAUGCUAUAAACGAUAGACCUACUUGUUUUGAAUUUGCUUUUACUUUGACUUGGUCUUUUUUUGAUUAUGAUCCGAAAGCAAUCGUCCAAGGUCACUUGAGACGAUUUCAACGCAAAACAUUCCCCCACUGAAACGACAUGCUAUUUAUUGUGAAUCUUUUCCUGAAAACUUCAUAGGUAGUUAGAAAGGUAUCUAAGAAAGAUUUCUGAUUCCUCUGCCUUCCUCUGGCAAUGUUUUCAAACCGUUUCGCCAUAGCCAGAAGCGAAAGGUUUUCACGACGGCUCAAAGCCUCCGGAUAUCGAGCGCGCCUUUCACGGCGCCAUGUCUGAUGGAAUAUUCUUGUUUUUGUCUCGUGGGUACGGUUCAAAUAGGGAUUGCUUCGAUUUUUCCUUGCUUAGCAACUGAGUGGAGCGUUUUUUUCCUUUGUUUGUUUGUUUUUUUAUUUCCCGCCCGUCCAACAUACUGGUCAGCUUACACGAAGGAGACGGAUUUUAAUAAUCCGUCGUGGAAUUUUAGAAGUUUCUGAUAAUUUAAAGCUUUCGUACACUCAAAAUACAUCACCUCGUUUAAUGAACUUUUCGACAAAGAAUAUCCCGUUCUAUAUCGAAAGCUACGAAAUUACGGAACCGUUGCUAGUACAUUGCUAUGCAUGAAAGGGGUAAAGUUUUUGUAAUAUGUUUGCAAUCCAGGCUGUGUGCAUUAGUAUGCGUUGUGGGUGUGCUGAUGUGCUUCUCAAAUUUGAACUCAUAAUACUCGUACAUUGAUGCUUUAAGAAUGCCGAUGAAAUCUUGGUUGAUGGAGGUUUGUUCAAACAGCCCCACGAAAAGGAAGUUGCACGAUGUAUGUCAACCAGAGGAUGCCUGUCACUUGUUAAAGGAGGAAGAUCGUCCUCGAAAAGAGGACAUUGAGAAGAUGUGCUCAGAGGGUUACUUCACAAAGUAUGCAACCCAAAGCAUUUACAGUGAGGAAGAAGGAUAUGAAGACAUAAGCCACUUUCAAGAAAAAGGUUGUAGUUUUAAAUUUUUAUUUUCAAUGAUACUCUCCGGGACAUAUUCAAACCCAUUUCACCCAUUUGAAAACCUCUUUUCCUGCCAUGUUCCAGUGCAUCGCCCUCGCUGUGUCGUCAUGCCACCCCUCAUUAACAAUUGGAACAAAUUCUGGGAAACUACUCCCAGUAAGAUGUGGUUUAUUCUUGUUGCCCGGUUCUAUAGAUCAAUGGUGUAGGACUCCGUCUCUCCUGACCUCAACUAAGACUAGGUCUUCUCAGGGCUCUCAUUCUCCAAACUACUCACAGUAAGAUGUGGUUUAUUCUUGUUGCCCGGUUCUAUAGAUCAAUGGUGUAGGACUCCAUCUCUCCUGACCUCAACUAAGACUAGGUCUUCUCAGGGCUCUCAUUCUCCUUUGGCCGCGCAAGUCCGUCCUAUUCAUUCUUCCCUAAGCUCAGCUCUCAUUCCUUCUUUAAAUUCCUUUGUUGUCUCUAGAAAUUGGGGUUCCCAUUGUCCCUUUGUGGCUGCCAUAAGCAGCUUCUCGUCACUACGUAGAGUGUAACCUCGCAAUUAAAAUCCUUUUUUUUUUUAACGUAAUCUUCAUCUAAUAUUAGGCGUCUGUCUACUUGUCUACAAGUUAUUUGUUGCUUAUUCAUUCUAUACUGACCUCUGCCGAUUGGGUUCAUUUUCAUUCCCCAGCAGGUUCGUUCGCUAACGGAGACAUACGCACAUCUGAAGAGGUAGGACAAUGGGUCAGUCUCCCAAGUUGAUAGUAGGCCAGAAAAAUGUCGAAGCCUGACAGGAAUUGUAAAUGGAAUGUUUUAUUAAAAUUGCUUUUAAAAGAUGAAGACCAUGAUUUCAAGGAGAAAACACUGUGACAAUAGCUUACGUUUAACACAUCUAGUCAUAAAGUAACAAUACUGUAUCAAAUGAGUAAUCUGCCGUUAUCAACGUCUUGCAUAACUCUAGAUCUGCUAUUUAAAGUGUUAAUUGAAAAAAAACAAUUGAUGUGAGUGAAAAAAAACCCUAUGAGGAAAUUGUGCCUCUUUACUCUGUCUUGCUAUAAGACAAUAGAAAAACUCAGACUCAGCAAACAAACGAUUGUUGGCGUGAAAGAGAUCAUUGACAAGGUGAUCUCUUAAUGUGGGAAUACGGAAUUACAGACAAGUGAACCAAUAAUUUAAGCGGACUGAAUUGACAGAAACAAAAUUAUAUUCUUAGACACAAAUGUGUUCAGGGUAACAUUUGAAGUAGCCAAAAGUUUGUUCAAUGGUUGAGUACAUUGCUGAUCAGAGAGACCAUUCCACACACAGAUUUCUUUUCGUAAUAUCAACCAAGCUGUCAGGCUUUGUUAAAGAGAAACCCCUUAAUGCUCAUUAUAAGUAUUGAAAAGGGAGGGUACCGUCAGGAACAUAACUGUGGUGAGGCAUCUUGCAGGAGUGACAUUCUCCCAGAGAACUACCUAACUUCAGACAGUACUUGGAAUUUUCGUCUUUAAUGUCUCUGGUAGUUUUGAGACAAAAUUAAUUGUUAUUUAUCAUUCGAGGGGCAUGACACCGUUAUUUAUUAUUUAUUGUUCAGCAUCGACCUUCACCUCCUCCAUCUACGAUCACAUCAGAGGAACCUUUGAUUCAGUUAAACCAUCUCUACGUCCGUUGUUGUUAUGAGGGGCCAGAAUCACCGUCUCUAGUUGCUGGGAAGGUAAGAUCAUGAUGUUUAAGUCAAUUGACUGAAUGACGUAGGGUAAUGAAUCUUGCGAAAUGACGGAAGCUGCGUCGGCAACGACGUUGAAGAAAAAAACGGAAUCGACACUGUUAUCCUUUUUAACCAGAAGCAUACCACCUUCAAGAAUUUAAGUACCUUGUAAAGCUGGUUUUAUAGAGUACGAGACAAGCCAGUGUAAUUUUAUAUAUACUAAUAUAGGGUUGAUAAUCUUAAGUGUGCAUUACAUGUGAAACGAGUGAAAACUUGUGAUGAUGUAAACACUAUGCUAUAAAAUUGGCCCAAUGCUGGGCGUAACCUGUAACGGACAAUCAUCAUAUCCAGGGGUAACAGCAAUACUCCGAAUCAUUUCGUCCUAUAUAAAUUUGGCUAGCUUCCGGCCAGAUGGAGCAAUUUUUAAUUGAGUGUUAAAAGUAAUCCGCGAUUGCAUUGGCUUUGCCUAACUUCGCUCUGCAAUUGGUUCAGAAAACUUGCAGCACUCUCUCGACCAAUCAGAUUAUGACCUGGUCAUUUGCGUUUUACCGCGCUUUAGGCAGUUUGGUUUUUUUUUUUUUUUUAACUUUGAGUUCUCAUUGGCUCUCGGGGGUGUAUUCCUUUCGUCUGAUUGGCUGUUGUGAUUUCUUUGGUUUUGGUUUUACGACACUCAAUUGACAUGCGCUCCGAGCCGCCAAGCUCGGUAAUUGACAUCACCUUUACAUUCACAGUUUUCUCCCUAUGCUUAAAAAAAUGGUUUAGCUAAAGAAACGUAUGAUUUCGGUUCAGUGUUUCAGAGAUGAUCCUAUGAACCUGAAGAUCUAUAUUCGCAGUGGACAAUGUGAUCAAGGGACCAUACAUGUGUUCUUGUCUCAAGUAGCAUCUGCGCUACAUUAUCUUCAUACACAGCACAUUGUUCAUGGAAAUCUCUGCGCCGAAAAUGUCACAGUUGUGGACUCCUACAAGGUAACAUCUUUAGUAAGGUUCGCUCACGUCACUCUUAAACUAACAGCUCUAUUUGAGAUUGAAUUGUAGGAUAUUUAACAAACAUCAUAAGGCAGGAAACAGCCAAAAGAGUGCUUGACUCCAAGUUGGCUAUAAUCAAUCUCAAACAGAAGAAUCGUUUUAUUAAAUUCCGCACGUUAAGAUAUUGCUUGGUAAGCUAAGUAUAUUUAUUUGCACUGAGUGUCAUUUCCAUUGAAAAGACCAAAAUUUAAAUUUGUUUGCGACCGCCAAAACAAUAAAUUGAAAUAACCACACGACCUGUACUUCGUUGAUGCACAGAUUUGCGUAAAAAUCAAACGGCGAUAAAUUUGAAAAUCGAGCCAAGAUUAUUUUCAUGGAACACAAAAUUCGUAGAUGUCUGGAGGGGCGUCCUAAGCUGCAGAAAAACUAUUACGUCUUUAGCAAAUUCAGCUGUAGGGCUUUAAGGGUCCAGCGUUCUUUUGCAACCCUUCCUCCUCAGAAAAAAUUAGUUGAUUGAACAGAAAGUCACCGCUUAUGACUCGCAAUAUUCUUAGAGCUAAAUUAAUAAUGAUUCACUCAGUUAAUUACAUUGCGUCUACGGUGUCUGAUAUAUGCAAGGAUGUAAGGCAGACAUACUUAGCGCAGGGGAUGUGAUGAGUUGCAGAUGUUUGUUUGUUUGUUUGUUUGUUUAACAAUUGCCAAAGGCAGGUAAAUUUAGAAGAGGAAAAGGUUGUCCCCUACUAGGUAAAUUACCUUUCCCCAUCCCUUGCAAACAGACAAAAUUGAAACCCAACCCACUUACAAGCCCCCAUGUCGAGAAAUAACAAAAAAUAUAAUCAUUAACUAAAGAAAAAAGGAGAAAAAAACUAGUUGACUAACAUGUACAAGAAUUAUGAGCAUUGAAACGACGACGUUUUACACAAUCUAUUCUAAAAGAAAGGAUAUCGUCCUGAAAACUUUGCUAAGUUUUGGAUAAAAGAAAGAUUUUAGUUUUUUGACGAAAGACGGUAGUUCCUUUUCAGCUCUUAUGUUAUGACGUGACAAAAUCUCACCAAUGCUCAUUUACCCCUAACUCUUCUAUCUAAUAGAAUAUUUACACAAAGUACAGAAAUCUUACAGCCAAGAAACGUUCAAGGGCACGUGAUGUAAUAUUUUUGAAACAAGCAUUCAACUAUGUUCUAGCAAACGCACCUUUGCGCUUGCAAACCCGCCAGAGUUUUUCGACGCUCUAUGGAAAAAAUUAUCAAAGCGGCAACAGAGUUGCGAAUUAAGAAUUGGAUCUUUUGGCCUGGCCAACGCGGGACUCCACCAGGGUUAACGAGCAAGAGAGGCUGAUCUGGCUUUACAACUUAUUACGUGUAUGCGCUUACAAACAUUCGAGUGCGGUUGGGUUACUCUUUGCGGUGAAUUAAAAAAACAAAAAGAAAUUUUAGUGAAGUGACAAUUGACGCAUAUAUCUUCCAUACAAAGUCAGACCUCGGUAUAUGAGCUUAUAAUCAGGGUCAAGAGAGCCAACAAAAACGCGUAAAAUGCAAGGAUUUUAAAGAGGCGCCAUUUCCUCGGAGUUCUUGCCUCUUAUGCGGCGGAGUUGUAUCUUGGCUAAGCUGUGGUGGACUCAAUGAAUGUUAAAAUAAAAUCAUAAAUAAAAGCAUAGAUGAAUGAAUAAGGAAACAAAUGGUGUUUUGAAAUAAUAUUUCACAAUUAUUCGCUGCAGGCGAAGCGAACAUUGUUGAAUAAUCCCCGAGACAAAGUCUAAGGAACUAUUCAACAAUAUUCACUUAUAAUUUAAAUAGGUAUCGAUGCAGUAAUGACAGAAUGACUGUGGUAAACAAAUAAGAGAGUGAACCCACGAAAAAGAUCUUAACCAUUCCGCAUUUCUUAGCUGGCAGUGUUGAUUGAUAUACAGGUUCAGGUCGUCUGUCUUGGUCAACACAAGCUUCUGACCGUGGGAGCAGGUGAAGACACCAGCAAGGCUAGCGUUUUGCAAGAGGAUAUGCCACUUGACUGUGCUCGCUGGUUAGCAACCCUUUAAGUUUUGUGAUUGAUUUCUUCCUUAAAAGUAUGUCUACAACGUAUUCGUUAGAAUUGAUUUAGAACCAUAUAUGAAAAUAUUUUUCAGGAGUAGUUGCAAUAGCGGAGUUCGAUGAAAUCUGUUAAAACAUUCCACUUAAAAGUUACGGUUUAAGGUCACUUUUUUUCCCGUGGAGAAAACGUUCGGUAGUUUAAUUAGCCACAUUCAGCGAUAUUUUCAUCGUUCAUCAGACGUUUUUAUCUUUUAGAGUUACCCAUCUUGAAGACAUGGCUCUGUGCGACGAUUCCCCAAAGCUCUUUUGAGAAAAUAAUUAGCGUAGAUGGCUUGUUUUCCUCCAUCCAAAUAAAAUCAAUGCAUUGGACUUGUGGGUGAAAAAAAUUACCAGAAUAAAAAAAAGGAUUGACUUAGCUCCUGCGAAAAAACCUCCUGAAGAAUGUUUAAGCAAUUCCUAAUGGACUUUUGCUGCUAAUGGACUGUUAUUUAUAUUUCUUGUGAGAUCAACAUCGAGCAAGAGAUUGUAAUCUCGUGCAUCGAUCCAUCAACCGAGACCUUCGACCAUUCAGGAACUUAUAUAGUACAUAAUAAAUGCCACGUUUUAUUUAUUUGUUUAAUGCAUGAAAGUUAGAAACUAGAGCUAUAAAUUGUUAGAAAAGCUGGUAAAAAAUUUCGUUCAGAGAAUUUCACUGGAACUACUAUACGAGGGAGUACUGAUUGCUAUGCGAGAGUGAAAAUAUCGAUUGUCUUUACAGGAGCGCGCCAGAAGUGAAUUUCAAGGGGCGGUACAGUCACGCUAGCGAUGUGUGGUCAUUUGGUGUCUUGGCAUGGGAACUGUUUGCAGCGUUUUCAUCUGGUGAAAACUUACCAGAACGAACGUUCCCCUAUCAUGAUCUUUUGGACCACGUGGUAAAACGUCUUACUCUGUUUUUGUAUAUACCACUUGAUAAUAAGAACUCCUUGACAACAAGUUCAGCACUUAUUCAGUGAGUAAUUUAGUGAUAAAAAGUGAGUUUAAAACGUAAAUUAGCCAUCGUAAAGGGUAAAAAAGCUGACGUUUCGAGCGUUAGCCCUUCGUCAGAGCGAUUGACGAAGGGCUAACGCUCGAAACGUCACCUUUUUUACCUAUUACGGUGGCUAAUUUACGUUUUCAACUCAGUUGUAAACACUAAAUUGCCUGCUAUACUCUCCCACCGACGCAGCACCACAGUUUCUUUAGAAACGUACCCCCUUUAUUAAUUAGUCAAUGACAUUCGUGAAAGAGUGUGAUACACUCAGUUGCAAAAAAGCCUAAGGUGAGUUAUCCCCUCAUAAACAUGUAAAAUAUUCGUUUGGUCAAUGUAAUCUAGUGCGACUUUUUAAACUUUCUUUGCAGGUUGGGGUGAGCUUUGUAAGCAACAAUCUCCUUCAAAAACCACGUUCCUGUCCAGAUUGGAUAGAUAUCAUAAUUCGUGAAUGUUUGAAAUAUCAAGCCGAGGAGAGACCACCGGCCAUUGCGCUCUAUGAUUGUCUGACAUGCAGGUAAUUCAUAUUAUAUCCUGAAUGUGUGACCGUAGCUCAAGCGUUUCAUUGCAGAUUUUUUAUAGGUAAUCACAUGAUUUAGAGUGCAAUUUGGAACCAAUAGGCACAAGUAAAGUUUAACAAAAUUUCAUCAGCCCCUUGGGCGAGUGCAAUUUGUGGUCUUUGAAAAAAUUAACAAUUGCUUAUUUAUUCCAAAUUGCACGUGAAAAAUCGUAUGAUUAUGUGUUAAUAAUGUACAUGAAAAAAUACGAGAUAGCUUAUCAUAAUUAUGCUGAGAAGCAAAGCGCCCGCAUCAAGUGCAAAAAUAAUUUAUUUGUAUAGGUAAUCACAUGAUUUCGAGUGCAAUUUGGAAUAAAUAAGCACGAGUAAAUUUUUUUAAAGACUAACAAUUAACAAGUGCUUGUUUAUUCCAAAUUGCACGAGAAAAAUCAUGUGAUUACGUGUUAAUAAUAUACAUGGAAAAAUACGAGAUGGCUUAUCAUAAUUAAACAUAAGCAAAGCGCGCAUCAAGUGCAAAAAUAAUUUAUUCAAACCGCGUGUUCGGUCAAAACAACCGCGUACGAUCAAAACAAUAAUAAAUUAUGCAAUGAUAUCUUCACAUCUUUAGCAAAGUGUUAAGCUGGGUCAGCUCGUAAUUUCGAUUUCCUUGGCAAUUCCCUUCUCUAAACACCACUUUUUCCAAACCGACAACCAAAAAGCAGUGCUUUUUACAGUGUUUUCGUUGUCAGAGCUGUUUUUCAGUUGCUGUAUUGUUGUGGCGGUGGCGAAAGAAAAUCUACUUUUAACGCCGUCCAUUGUUUCGCUCGCAAAUUUUCAGCGUAUCCAAAUGUUGCGACAUCCAAGGCUCGCAUUUGAUUGGCUAUCCAUGAGUUUCUUUGACUAUUGACCAAUCAGAAUGCCUGGUUUGUUACUUCUUUGCACUGAAUUACCUCUCUUCUGCAACGAAUUACCUGAAAACUGAAUUUAUCUCAAUCAAUCAGAACUGAGUAAUUUUUUCCUGUGUAAUAUUAAGAAUAAAACAGGCACGAAUAAACGUUCAAUUUCAUUUUAGAAAAGCUACAUAUUGCCCGAGAACGCAACUACAAGUUAUGCUCAUGAAGUUGUGUUUUGAAGUACUUUUAAAUUGAAAUAUUGCAUUCAAAAUCUUAAGAUAGUUGGCAUUUUAACUUGUGGUUAGCACUAAAAGUUUCUAGCUGCCGUCCGCGUGAUCAAGUUUUUGAACAUUGUAAUAGGUCAGUUUAAGCGUCAUGCCGUUUGAAAUGUAUAGUAACUGUCAUUUGCACCACAGUCAUAAAGUUCAAUUCUAGUGUAGUACUACUUGUUAUGCAGACGACUGUGUUCAGUUUUCUGUUGGAAAAAGUAAUCUUUUACGUUAUGAUGACUACGUUCACCGAGUGGAUGUCUUGUUUCUAGACUUCCGUUGCAGUUUUGAAUUAUUGGUUUGUGUCGUCAAAUUCUGUCCGUAAUCAUCAGCUCAUAAUUCACACAUCAAACCUUUGCUUCCUUUCCUGUCUAGUCUUAAUAGUCACUCGUUUGGCAACAGAUUUAUUACAUUCGGUAGUAUUACCAUCAGUGAUAUUUAAAGCAGUAAUGAUAAUGAUAAUUAUAAUAAUAACGAUAGCAUGAGUAAUAAUGAUGAUUAUAAUGACGAUAAAAAGAAAUAGAAUAAAUAGUAAGAUAGGUAGUAAAUUCUGAAGCAACUGAUCUACGAAAAAUGAAAUUGCUGCGAUAUAAAAAAAAGGAAUAAUGAAGAAUGGUUGGGGGCGUGAACAUAUCUAAUUCCGUCAUAAAAGAUCUGCGAGAUAAUUUGGGAUGAACAAAUAAUGCUAGAACAUAGCCUACAUUACUUCAGUCGUUGUCUUCAUUGCCAGCAAACAACCUCUAAUAUUAUUACCAAUUUUAGGGUGCCAAGGCAAUCUUGGUUGAUAAAACUGUGGAUACAAAAUCAUAAUAGAGAGGAGUGGCCUGAUCUAACCAUCUGUCAACCAGAGGAUGCCCGUCACGUCUUAAAGGAAGAAUGUCGUCCUCAGAGAGAGGACAUCGAAAAGAUGUGCCAGAAAGGCUUUGAUUAG